CAAGUAUAGAACUAGGCCGAGAAGCAGCAACAACCAGCAAGCAAGACGUAUAAACGAUGGUGGCCAAGGCGAAGUUGAGCGCCAUGGAGUUGGAGAUGGAGAAGGCAACGAGAGACGGGGAGGUGGUGCUCGGCGGCGCCGAAGACGAUGAGGGGGAGGAGGACGUGGUGCUGCCGGGGUACCGGUUCCACCCCACCGACGAGGAGCUCGUCACCUUCUACCUCCGGCGCAAGGUGGCCGGGAAAUCCCUCAGCAUCGAGGUCAUCCGGGAGAUGGACAUCUACAAGCACGACCCAUGGGAUCUCCCCAAGGCGAGCACGGUUGGCGGGGAGAAAGAGUGGUACUUCUUCUGCCUCAGGGGGAGGAAGUACCGGAACAGCAUCCGGCCCAAUCGGGUGACCGGAUCCGGCUUCUGGAAGGCCACCGGCAUCGACCGGCCGAUCUACUCCGCCGGCAGCGGCAGCGCCAGUUCCGGCGUGUCCAUCGGGCUGAAGAAGUCGCUCGUCUACUACCGCGGCAGCACCGGCAAGGGCACCAAGACUGACUGGAUGAUGCACGAGUUCCGCCUCCCGCCGGCCGCCGCCGCGGCCACCAACUCCUCCCCGAGCAUGCAGGAAGCGGAGGUGUGGACCAUCUGCAGGAUCUUCAGGAGGGCCAUCACCUACCGGAAGCAGCAGCAGCCGUGGAGGCCGCCGCCCGCGCCGUCCGCCGCCGACUCGAACUCCAACACGGGGAGCUUCGAGUCGUCCGAGGCCGGCGACGAGUACAUGAACUGCCUGCAGGCUCCGGCACCCGGCGCUCCUUGCAUCCCCCAGCAGCAGCACCAGUACGUCAGUCAGAUGGACGCAGUGAACGGCAACAACUUCUUCUACAGGGAUACCAUGCACAACCAGCCGUUCCAGGGGCAAUGGAACGCUGCACCCGCCGUGCCGGAGCCGGAGGAGAAGCCACAGGAUACACUAUCAACGGCCGUCACCUUCCACCAGAAUGACCAUAGCCACGCCGUCGCCGCGAACGAUUUCUACAAGGUCGAGGGGUACUUGGAGGAGAUCGCGAGGAUGCUGGAGGUCACCGAUCCGGCAGGGUUUUACGACUACAGAUCAUACGGUUGAUCAGCAUUCAGCAGGAAACUCUUCGGCUCCGUAGGCUCCCGCGAGUUCGCCGACGGGCCGGUCACUCCCGGCGGCUUCGGUAACACUCGCUGCUUCGGAAACUGAAAGAAACGGCGUAACAGCGACGGUGUCUGGGAAACUUCCUGCCCAAUUCGGGAUGGGGUUUACUGUUCCGCCGUCGACGAUGGCGACCGGGUAGUACUCGGCUUCUACCUUCUGUGGUGCCUCUGGAUUGGUUGAAUCGGGUCAUCGGAAGGUCUUGAAAUGGAGUCCUGGCGGCUGAGUGUGGUGUCUCGGGUUGUCCGGGGAAGCAGCAGACUUCAUUGCUGGGCUCAUCUUGUCCUUGUUAACAUGUAUCUUAACAA